GCUCGCCCGAUCAUCCGCCAUGUGUCCUACCUUCGUCCCCUUCCUCCUUCUCCAUCUUCGCAUUCAUCCGAUUCCUCCUCCACUGCGGAAGAAGGCGACGACUAUCUCUCUCCUGUCUCUCCGUCUCCUUCCUGUUCUUUCUCUAUUACCCCGUCACCAUCGCCAUGAGCUUUGCAACGGAGCAAGUGAUCGGCGCGCGGCUUCUUACUCCGCGGGGGCGAAUCAAUGUCAUACGGCAGAUGCAGCGGCCCCAUCUCUGCUCUGAUCUCCUCCGGUUCGCAGCUUUCUUCAGCACGACGACGAUCUACGCGGCGGCAGAGUUCCGAUUCACGGAAGAGGCAACUACGCAGGUUCUGGCCGAGAUCUCGGCCUUCCGACGGCUAUCCCCUCCCGGGAUUAGCCAUAUCACCGUCGUCGUUGUCUUUACAGGAGAUAUCACAGCGAUUCCGCCGGCGAUUCACUCCGACAUCUAUCGGACGUUGCGCACCUGGGCUGAAGAAGUGCGGACGGCAUGGACAAAUCUCCUGGCUCGACGAGGGGAUACCGAUGUGCCGGCGCAUGACACGGACCUCCAGCUCCGCUCGUCUCGAAGCUCGCCAGCGAUCUCUGCGCGGGCUCCCACUCUCUCCUACCAUGUUAAGGAGAACAGUGCGCCACUAUUGAGCGAAGACAAGUGGGACGCGUGGUGGGAGGACUAUGUCGAGCUCGCUUUCUGCCUAUUGGAGAUAGAGUUCCGCUGGUCAGAAGCGGCCCCGUUCGGACAAGGACCGGAGCACCCAAAAGACAGUGUGGAGUUUCUGAUCAUCCAAGCCCGGAGAACGGUGGAGCAGGGCGAUAUGCUGGGAAUCGUAUUCGAAAAGGUGGAGGGGGGCAAUCUCACCUUGAUCACGGACGAGUUGCUAGUGUUUCUGACUCAACUGGUGGAUGAUCUGCCCCUAGACAUCUUGUCACGCAGUGACGAGCAGCCUGGCACCCACGUGCUGUCUCGAACGCUCGAGCCGCACCUUGUGUGGUCCACAUGUACGGAGAUUGAUGAGGACAACUGUCUCUUCCCCUCCCAGGCGCUUUACUUGGAGAUCAACGUUACCGAUCUCACAUUUUGGGACCCAAUCGCGAGGAGAAACGCGGCGCAGGACGAGGAGAUAGGGGGAGCAGAGGAAGAGGAGGAAGAAGAAGGGCUAUCGAGUGAGGAACGGGACGAUCCUGACUACGUCCUAGAAACGAGGGCAGUCAGCAAAUCGAGCCAGCAGCGGGGAAAGAACGAGGAGGAAGAACGGAGGAAGCGGAAGCGCUAGGAGACCGCGGAGGGAAAGCGACCCACGACAAACGUUUCUCCUGACGAUC